CCCCGCAGGGCUCCUCCACUCCCGGCUCGGCUUCAGCCACCACCCGGUCCACCACUGCACGGACCACAGGCCCCACCAUUUCUGGGACCACAUCCUCCCCCCCCGGCCUCACCACUUCCUCCACUACCCCAUCCACCGGCACUACGUCCAGUCCAGGCUCCCACAGCACCGCCAAGACCACCCAGCUCCGGUCCACCCAGUCGACAACCAUUCCCUCCUCCUCCUCCACCGGCGCAUCACCGCACACAGCCUCUCCGUCCUCCUCCACCACGGCCACGGGUCAGCUCACCAACUCCACCACCGGCACAGCCCCCACAGGACCUCCUGGGACGCCCCCGCCAUCUUCUCCCGCCACCACCACCACCUUCCCAUCCUCCAUGUCCACUGGUGUUCCCGACUCACAGAGCACAACUCCACCCCCCUCCGCUUCCUCACCGCCCCCCACGGCCCAGAGCUCCACCACGGUCACCGGCUCCACCUCCCCAUCUCCCACCAGAAGCCCCCUCACACGAUCAACAACCUCCCAGCCCGUGUCCACCUCCAUCGGAUCCACGGCUCAGCCAACGGCCACAACAUCCGGCCCCUCCACCCCCUACGGCUCCACCACUCCCACUGAGACCACCCCUCCGCCAGCCACUCGAUCCACCACCACCGUGACCCCCAGCAGCCCCGGCUCUGGGCCGCCACCCUCCCCAUCGGCCACAACGUCCACCCAC